UAUCACUAUCUUAAUUCAGAUUUUAACGUUUAGAUUAAGUUGAUAGUAUUUUAUUAAAAUUAAGUUUUGAUUUCUAAAUUUUACCAUGAGAUUUCAUAAUUUCAAAAUUUUACCAUGAGAAUUCAUAAUUUUCUCAUAAUUUCCGGUUUCUCUAACUAACAAAACUAAAAUUCUCCUACCCGUUUCAUAUAAUAACGGAACCGUUGCGGAGACUCAAAGCUCAACCGAGUCAAAGCCCCAUUCCAACUCGGUCCUUUAAGCCGCCGACGUUCCAGAAAAGCUAAAUAAAAAUAAUUAAGAAACAAAACCCAUCAAGUCAAUACAAAGCCAAACUAAUUAAUUAAUUUUUCCUCCUCUUUUUUUUAAUUUCGGAAAAAAAUAAAGCCAGAGAAGGAAGAACCUGGUAUUUGCUAGAGAAAGCAAACGCAAGCACAAUAGAGAAAGAGGAAGAUUGAGAAACCCAAAAAGUAACAAGAAAAAAAAAAAGCAAAACUUUUUCUCUAUAUUCUGGUUCUUGUAUUUUUUUUUUUUUGUUCGGUAAUGGUGUCUCAUUUUCUCUCUCUUUAAUUUUUUUCUUUUGUCGUUCUCGGCUAGAAAAUUCAGGGUGUUUUCCCGGGAAAAGUUUGUCAGAUUCCGGUAGAAACAGAACGUUUGUUUGUGUCACGGCGUUUGAUUUUUAUUUUAUUUUUUUCCUUCUCAUCUUCACAUAUCCUUUAAUCCUUCCUAUCUUUGACAUACCCCUUACCUUAUCAGAAAAAAAAAACAGAGGGAAAAAGAAAAUUAAAAAACAAAAAAAAAGGAAAAGGAAAGGGAACAGAAAGGCAUAUUCAACAGAAACGUACAUUGAAGGUCAAAUUUUUGAUAGGAAGCCUCAACCCCCAUAGCCUUUGAUUCUCGAUCAUCUGUCCCCCACGGAAUCGGUUCUCUAAUUUCUGGGUUUGUUUUGGAAUUAGCUGUAACUUUAUUGUUUGAUAUCAAAUCAAAUAAUCACAAUCUCAUGAAUAUUGGUCUUGGGUACUCCUUAAAUCACAUGAAAAUUUACUUUUGAUUCUUGGGUGAUCAUCGGAGAUUCGGAAUACGAUUGGUUCAUCCGAAUUGGGUUGAUUCCGAUCUCAAUUGGUCAUAAGCGAUGAAAUCGGCGUCGCUUGAUCACUGGAGGGACUAUUUCCGGUCGGCGAACGCCGGUAUUUUUGACAUCAUCGACCACGCAUUCAUGGUGGCCGCCGCCGAUUGUCCGAAGGAGUUUCGGCUUCGGAGGGAUCGAAUUGCGGAGAAACUGUUUUGUUGCAGAUUCAACCGGUGCUCCGAUCAGGUCGAGUCACCUGUUACGGGACGACCCGUUUCUGCUAUCUCUGAUGAUGGCGGUGAUGAUGAGGAAGAUGAAAGAGUGUGUAAGAGAGGGUUCCAGAGAGAGUUUGGGGAGGGAGGGAGCAAGGAAAGUAAAGUGAAUAGCACAAGUAUAGAUGAUCAAGACAACGAAGAGAUGCAGAAUGACACUCACUUGGUUAGCAACUACAGCUUUGGAGAUGCUGAGGCUUUGACUGAUGAGAUUGAAGAGGCACAUCAGACCGUUGAAGAAGUCUCGAGGAUCAAGGACAUUCUACAUAACAGUGAAGAUGAGUCUGAUUCAGUGUUGUAUGAUUCAUUAAGGCGGCUUCAGUUGAUGGCUUUGUCUGUGGACAUUCUUAAGGCAACUGAGAUAGGAAAGGCUGUUAAUGGUCUAAGAAAGCAUGGAUCAAGUCAGAUUCGCCAUCUUGCUCGGACUCUUAUCGAAGUAUGGAAAGAAUUGGUGGACGAGUGGGUUAAUGCCACAAAAGCUGUUGCAGGAGAAGAGGAAGGUACUCCAGUUUCCGUGAAUCCAUCAGUUCUUGAUGAAGAAGAAGGGCUUCCUUCUCCUCCUUUAGAUGACGGAGUUUUCUUUGCUACCCAACCUACUUCAAUGGAGCUUUCACAGUUUUUUGAUGGGAUGGAUGAUGAUGGAAAUCCUCGGAACGGUGGGGAAUUCAUCAAGAAUCGCGAAAAUGGAAGAAGACCCUUAGCGAAGAACCAAAAUAUCAUGAAGAGGAAACAGCAAACUCCAAAUGAGGGGAAUGGACUUACCAAGGAGAACAAAAGCCAUCUAAUUAAGAGACAAGAAGCUGUUGUGAAAGCCAAUAAACCCUCAAAUGUGGCUUCUGGCCCAGGGAGACCCCAAAAAGUAAGUACGGAACAAAAGGCCGUUAGUGAAUCAAAGCUUAUGCAAAGAUCGGAUAAGGUUACUAUACAAAAAAAGCCUCCAAGUGCCAAGCAGGACAAAUUCAAUUCAGAUGAAGUCGCAGUUCAAAGGAAGCUCGAAGCCACAAAAAGAAAACUCCAGGAAAGUUAUCAACAAGCUAAGAAUGCCAAGAAGCAGAGGACGAUCCAGGUCAUGGAGUUGCAUGAUAUCCCUAAGCAGGGUCUUGGCCAUAAAAAUCAACCUAUGCGGGCAGGUCUCCAUAACCGGCAUCGGGUACAGGGACGGCGGUAGGUUGUGUAUAUCUGCACAGACUGGUCUCAUUGGAUUUGUCAAGUUUCUUCCAUCUUGUAAAUUAGCAGAAGAAACCAAAUAACUCCCGGAUUCAACAUGACAUAACCCACUCGAGGAUGCAAGAAAUCCAUUGAUGUUGGUGAGAGUAAUCCAGGGAGAAACAUUAGAAAAAAAGACGAUAAGGGUUUAUUUUUCCCCAACUCAGGUUCUACAUUCAACAAAAUUUGAGGUACAGAGAGCUUUAUUUUAGAUCAAAAUUUGGAGCUUGAUUUAUAGCUUAUGCUAUAUCUGGAAUAUUGUUAACUUGGUAUUGGAACAAUUUAUUUUCAAGAAUCAUAAAUGGGAUGAUCCUCCCAUCAUUUCUUUCAA